AUGUCCUCCCUACUCCCUUCGCCAACCCUUUCCACACUGCACGGCUUUCGUGAUAUAUUCAGGUCCCGAGUCGGCUCAGACUUGACUGAAAAAUCGGAACCAGUCCUCUCAGAAGUGCUCGACCGCUUCGACUCGAUUCUUGGGACAUAUGCGGACGACGACAAUGCUACUGAGGCCGCCAAGCGCGAGAAAUCCACCAAUUGGGUCCUCCUGUUGAAUGACAUGGUUGAAUUUCUCGAAGCACAUACCGGUCUUAUCCGCGAUGGGAAGAGCCAAGCCCUUAGGAUCGAUGAGGAUAUCGGAAUUCUUAUUGAAAUUGCUCAUACAAAGGCUCUGAGGGAGGGGAUUAAUGACAAGAGCUAUUUGAUGGAGCGUGCCAUUAAACUUGCAGCUUCGUUGCCCAAUUCCUCAGAGACUCAAAAAAAGCUCACAGGAAACAUAAUUAAGGGACUCUGGGAUAGUCUGCAACACCCACCAUUGUCAUAUCUUGGUGAUGACCAUGCGUAUCGCACAGCGGAUGGAUCGAAUAAUAACUGGAUGUCUCCGAAGCUUGGAAUGGCAGGCUCUGUCUAUGCCAGGAGUAUCAAACCAUUGAAACAAGGGAGGCUGUACCCUGAUCCCUCGGAGGUUUUCGACAAAUUGCUGGCUCGUCGCGAGCCACCCAAAGAACAUCCGAACAAGAUCUCGAGCGUGCUUUUCUACAUGGCCAUCCUCAUAAUCCAUGAUUUGUUCCGCACCGGCGACGACACCAAAAAUGACCCCAAUCCAAAUUUCAAUGUGUCAUCCACGUCUUCCUAUCUUGAUUUAGCUCCUUUGUACGGAAACAACGAGAAGGAACAGGAAGCUGUGCGUACCAUGAAAGAUGGCAUGCUCAAGCCUGAUGCCUUUUCUGAAUAUCGUCUUCUGGGAUUUCCACCGGGUGUCUGCGCGUUGAUUAUUGCUUUCAACCGCUUUCAUAACUAUGUCGCGGGAGAAUUGAAACGCAUUAAUGAAGGAGGAAGGUUCAGUCCAAAUUCACGCUUGAGCAAAGAAAGCGCAGAAAAAGCGGUUGACAACGCCCUCUUUAACACCGCAAGACUCGUCACAUGUGGCCUCUACGUCAACAUCAUCCUCUCCGACUAUGUUAAGACCAUUCUCAACAUGAACUACGCUCCGGAUAGCAGCUGGAUCUUGGACCCUCGUGAUCCUUUCUCCGAUGUUUUUGACAACAAAUCCGACCUCCCUAUGGGUACUGGAAACCAGGUCUCCGUCGAGUUCAACCUUAUCUACCGCUGGCAUGCCAAUGUCAGUAACAGAGACGAGAAAUGGACGCGAAACUUCUUCCAAGGCUUAUUCCCCAACCAAGACAUCACAAAAUUGCCCCUGCGAGAUUUCCUUAGUGGGUUGGGCAAGUGGAGGGACGAUAUUACGGCCCAGCAACCCGAGACCCGCACCUUUGGAGGAUUGAACCGCAACAACUUCGGCACCUACGAUACCGAGGCCCUGGCGAAGCUCAUUGCGGAGAGUACGCAGGAUGUGAGCGCCGCCUUUGGGUCGCGUCAAGUUCCCGUGGUGCUCAAGCCCGUCGUCAUGCUUGGCAUGAGCCAGGCGCGUAAUUGGCACGUCGGCACACUAAACGAACUUCGAAGCUCCAUGAGCCUCACGCCGCACAAGAGCUUUAGUGACGUUAACCCUGAUCCGGAGGUUCAGGAGGCCAUGAGGGCCCUCUAUCAGGAACCGGAUUUCGUGGAAUUGUACCCUGGUGUGAUCUUCGAGGACACGAAGAAACCAGUCUAUCCCGGUUCAGGACUCUGUGCUGGCUUUACAAUCACCAGGGCCAUCUUGAGCGACGCAGUCACGUUGAUCAGGGCUGAUCGGUUUUAUACCCUUGACUGGACACCCUCCAGCAUGACGAACUGGGGUUUUAACUUCAUCAAAUCCGACAAGCCGCAGGAUAACCUAGCUCGCGGCGGGAAGAUGCAUCACUUGCUUGAUGUGGCCUUCCCUGGGUUCUACAAAGGUAACUCCGCCUGGAAGUUGUUCCCGUUCACGGUCCCCGACGAAAUUAGGCGCAUCUUUGAGGUUCAAGGUGUUGCAGGCAACUAUGACUUCUCAAACCCUCUAUAG